AGGGCUUGGACCUGGGACCUACACUACGUGAAAUUUGUGCUGCAAAUAGAUCAGAAAAGCAGCAAAUAAAGGCACUUCUUCAGAGUGCUGGCACAGCUUUCUGCCCGAAUUAUGUGGACUGGUUUGGAGAUGAAGAUUUUGGUUCACAUUCAAAAAAUGCUGAUCGAGCUGCUGUCUCAAAGUUCUUACAAGCACAUCCUGCUGAUUUUUCUACCAGAAAAUUGCAGGAAAUGGUUCGUUUGAUGAGGGAAAAGCGCUUUCCUGCUGCUUUCAAGUGUUACUAUAACUUCCAUAAAAUUAAUGAUCUAUCAAGUGACAACCUGCCUUUCAAAAUGGUGAUCCAUGUAUAUAGUGAUUCAGGCUUCCGCCGGUACCAGAAAGAGAUGAGGCACAAACCAGGACUGUGGCCUUUGUAUCGAGGCUUUUUCGUUGACCUGGAUUUAUUCAAGGCCAAUGAGGAGAAAGCUGCUGAAAUGGUACAAAGUAGCAAUCAUAUGGUAAAAAAUGAGGAAGAGGACAACAGUUUAGCUGAUGAAGAUGCAAAUCUGAUGGUUAAAUUGAAAUUUCUUACGUACAAGUUGAGAACUUUUUUGAUCCGUAAUGGCUUGACGACUCUUUUCAAAGAAGAUCCUUCUGCAUACAAGGCUUAUUACCUGAGGCAAAUGAAAAUUUGGAAUACUUCAGCUGCCAAGCAACGGGAACUCAGCAAGAUGCUUGAUGAAUGGGCAGUAUAUAUACGCAGAAAAUAUGGAAACAAACCAUUGUCAUCAUCCACAUAUCUAAGUGAAGCUGAGCCCUUCCUUGAACAAUAUGCAAAGCGUAGUCCACAAAAUCAGGCUUUGAUAGGAUCUGCUGGAAAUUUAGUCAAAGUUGAAGAUUUCAUGGCCAUUGUUGAAGGACAAGAUGAAGAGGGUGAUCUCGAGCCGGAGAAAGAUAUUGCACCUUCAAGCCCUAGUAUUCCCAGCAAAGACAUGGUCGCGAAGAAUGAAGGUCUCAUUGUUUUCUUUCCAGGAAUACCAGGUUGUGCUAAAUCUGCACUUUGUAAGGAAAUACUGAAUGCUCCAGGAGGGCUUGGAGAUGAUCGACCAGUUCAUAGUUUAAUGGGUGAUCUUAUCAAAGGUAGAUAUUGGCAAAAAGUUGCUGAUGAACGCCGAAGAAAACCUUACUCGAUCAUGCUUGCUGAUAAGAAUGCACCAAAUGAGGAAGUAUGGAGACAGAUUGAGAACAUGUGCCUAAGCACCAAGGCAUCUGCUAUUCCAGUUGUACCUGAUUCAGAAGGAACUGAAAUCAAUCCAUUCUCUGUUGAUGCACUUGCGGUUUUUACAUUCCGAGUACUUCACCGAGUUAAUCAUCCGGGAAAUCUUGACAAGUCAUCUCCAAAUGCUGGAUAUGUGCUGCUAAUGUUUUAUCACCUUUAUGAGGGAAAGAGUCGUCAGGAGUUCGAGAGUGAGCUUAUUGAACGUUUUGGCUCACUUGUCAAAAUGCCUCUACUGAAACCUGAAAGGUCUCCGCUACCAGAUUCUGUGAGGUCUAUUAUUGUGGAGGGAAUCAAUCUGUACAAGCUUCACACAAACAAACAUGGAAGAUUGGAGUCUAUAAAAGGGAUAUAUGCAAAAGAGUGGGUUAAAUGGGAGAAGCAAUUGAGGGAUAUUCUACUUGGGAAUGCUGACUAUCUCAAUUCAAUACAGGUUCCAUUUGAAUUUGCUGUUAAAGAAGUCUUGAAACAACUGGGAGCUAUUGCGAGGGGCGAGUAUGCAGCGCCUACUUCUGAGAAGAGGAAGCUAGGAUCUAUUGUGUUUGCUGCUGUCAGCCUGCCAGUUCCAGAAAUUCUUGGUCUUCUGAAUGAUCUAGCCCAGAAAGAUCCGAAGGUUGGCGCUUUCUUGAAGGAUAAAAGCACAGAGAGCUGCAUUACAAAGGCCCAUUUGACCCUGGCUCAUAAGAGAAGUCACGGUGUCACUGCAGUUGCCAAUUAUGGUUGCUUUCUUCACCAAAAGGUGCCAGUAGAGGUGGCUGCUUUAUUGUUCUCUGAAAAAUUGGCUGCACUAGAAGCAAAGCCUGGCUCUGUUGAAGGUGAGAAGGUCGAUUCUAAAAACCAAUGGCCACAUGUCACAUUAUGGACAGGGGAAGGAGUUGUAGCCAAAGAUGCCAAUACACUACCGCAGUUACUUUCACAAGGGAAGGCUACGCGCAUUGAUAUAAACCCACCAAUCACUAUAACUGGCACUCUCGAAUUCUUUUGAGCUCUACUCGUACCUUGUCUUGAGUCGAUCUACAUUGCUUGAACCUUAAACGUGUUCUGAGUGCAUAUCGUUUAAUGAAUUAUCCAAGUUGUAGGAACAAUUUUGUAGGGUUGUGUGCUUUUUUGGCUGGAAAAGGUUUUGCAGGAUAGAAUUAGAUGUAGAGAAAAUGUAAAGUGUUUAGAAAAUGAAGUAGGUCUAGAGUCGCAGUAUUUUUGAAACCGCAACUAGCAGUACUUGAAUAAAAGGAACAAUUUUCUACCGGGUACUACCAUAUAUUAGUUUUCAUUCCUGCUA